AUGUUAGAAGAUGAUCACGUGGGCCAACCCGCCGAGAGCUUCGAUUACCACGACAAACUUGAGAUUGACCUACUAAUGGAGGACAGGUCCAAGUCAUCCAUUUUGGCUACCAUAUCCAACGAGCUAUCCAAGUCUAUCCACGUCUCGUCCCAGGACCUUCGGUGCGUCGCUGCUACUAUAGUCCAUGACGCCUCACGGAGUCUUCUUGGGAGAGUGUGUAGCAGCGGCAGCCGGGGGUUACGUGUGCAUAUGGAGGCGUGCAUAAAGAUUGAUGCGAUCGUUGAGGACGUGGCGGCGGAUAAUGAAGUGCAGCCCGCGUUUGUACCGGCGAGUAAAUCUGCAAUUGAGAAGCUGGAGAGGGUGAGAGUGGAAACGGCUGGGGUUUGUUGUUCGGUUUGUAUAGCUGAGAUUGCGGUGGGUUCGGAAGGUCGUGGUCUGCCAUGUUCGCAUAUUUACCACGAGGCUUGCAUCGUGGAGUGGUUGGAGAAAAGCCACUUCUGCCCUCUGUGUCGCUUCUCCUUGCCUGCCUAG